AUGAAGCUUCUAGCUUUAUUGUUAUUAUGGGCCACUGUUUUGGGUAGUCACAUUGAUGAUGUCUACAUAAAACGGAAGGCGGCGUUCAUUGAAAGAGGAAUUGACCAAAACGUGGAGCCAUGUGAUGACUUUUGGGCCUAUGCAAACGGCGGAAUUGACAUUGAUUCUCUUCAGGCCGAAGUUGAGGUUGAAGCAGAGCGAAUUUUAUCUACACCCAAUCCGAGGUAUACUGUAAGUCAUAUAAUUUACCAGGUUUUUCUGAAUCAACCUUUUUUUUCUUGUUCUGUUACAGCGUCGGACCUAAUCUAGUGGCAAAAAAAACGUAACAUUCUGCAUCCGAGAAGUGUCAAAAAUGUGUCAAAAUACCUCCCUCUCCACUAAAAAAACUGUUUUUUGAAGGGCGUACCUUUUGCCUCACAAAAAGAGCGUAGGCGCUUUUGAAAUUAGAGUUUUUCACUUGUAGAGGGAGGUAUAAUAUUUUGCUACAUUCUUUGAUACUUCCCAGAUGCAAAAUGGUGCGUUUUUUGUCACUGGAUCAGGUCCAUCAACUCUCUCAUUUUAACGACUCUUAUUUAGGACACCGCCCUAGCGUCCGUGCAGCAUGAGUACAGAAAAUGCAUUAAGAAUCCGUGGAAAUUUUUUUUUGAGCUUCAGAACGAACCCAGUGGUCAACGAGAUGACAUAAUAGCCUUCUCGAAGAAAAUCCAAGACGGAGAAGCCAUCGCGAACAACGAAACCUUCCUUGAGCUUCUUCAAGAAGCCUAUCGUUUGCAUUUCGACUACGGUAGCGAUAUGUUCAAAGAUUUUAACGAGAUUCUGAUCAGGGACACACUAAUCUUUGAUUAUCAGCCGCUUGGAGAGAGAGAGGCCGCGUUAGACGACACGUUGGUGGACUUGAAGAACGUAACCGACGAACAGCAAUUUCUGGCUGGAGUUUUCGGCGCAGACUUUGAUUCCAGCCAAAUGGUUGCCGUUGGAAUCGCAUUUCCCAAUGAAACUGAGGUAGGCUGGAUGUACAUGUGUUCUCGUCCCAACUCUUUGGGCCGACGACAGUUCGGGUCACUGUAGAAUCUAUUGAUUGUUAGCUUAGGGCAGGUGGAAAGAGUGUUCAUUAUUUUCCCUUACAGACUAAUAUUGCAUCGACGUCUAUGUUAUCUCUAAUUUUCAGAUCCCUCUUCGACGACUCCUGCUCUCCGAACUCUCAUCAGCCUUGUGGAAAACCUUGGCCAUCCCGCAUUACCGCAGCUGUGUGGACUACAUAAUCGAUGUGUUCCCAAUGUACUACGCGAAAAUGUUGGUUGAUUCCUGGGGAAGAGAGAACAUUACGCAAGCAAAUUCUCAAUUCUUGGCAGACAUGAAAAUGAUUGUCGAAACGGCCGAGACAAGCUUACGUUUUGGGAAUGUAUUGAGUCAAAACAUGUCGGAAACGAUGUUAAAAAGAGUGGCGAACAACCAGUUCUUUGGACUUGAUCAUCCAAUUUAUGAGGACAAAAUGUUUUACGAAUUCUUUGGCAAUAUUACUCUACGGUCGCCGGUGCAAAGCCGCUGGAUUAACAAAUGGCGGCCACUCAUUCAAGCGGCCCAAGGAAGGAACCUCACGUUCCUGCUGGUUCCCGAAGUCGUCGUAAGAAGCAAGGUUCCUCUAAACUCCUCUUUAGUUCAACGCUUACCAUAUAUCACCAACUGAGCGUACGGUGAUCUUCUUCCCGAUUUUGAAGCCCUUGUUCUUCCAUCCCUCGUUUCCAUCGGCUUUGAGGUUUUCCGGAACUGGAGGUGUUGUUGGACACGAGUUUGGACAUGACUUCGGUAAACCUGACUUUCCAUCAGUCUGUCGGUAAAGUAGUGGGAACUCUGUCUCAAUGUUUCAUACUGCGGAUUCGCUGAGAAGCUGACAUUUUCAGUCCUUGAAAUUUCAAACACUUUAUUACGGUGACCAAAAGACUACAGAGUGAAGCCUCAAUCCGUACUAGGCGGGCCAAAAAGUCUUGAUAUUUUUUCUCACUGGCGGUCGAGCUCACCAAGGGACUUUGCCAUACAAACGGUCGGCACAGUGAGAACGAAACACGCACCGUCCGGGCCCGAAAUGCACCGGCGCCGAUCGCGUCGCUGAAGCGGAAAGCAAUUCUACUUUGCCGCGACGCAAUUCCUUUCCGUGGCUGCAACGCGAUUUUCGGUGUGACAAAGCGUUCACUAUUUUCCCGACAGACUGAUAUAACGUCCAAUUCCAGGGUUCUCAAGCGUUAUCUAAUAUCUUGGGCAGAAAGCCCUCAAAUUACAAACCCCGUUAUGACAAAAAAAUUGUAUUUUGCGACUUUAUUGUACAGCGGUUUGACUGUAAUUAUUACUUUGACUUUUAGACAGCAGUCUCAGAAGACUCGUUCCCCUGGACUCGACGUACACGCAAAUAUACGACUGUUUGCGUCAAUAUUACAGUGGCCAAUGCGAUCCCGAGGAUCCCAGCACCUGUGUGGACCCCGAGCUGACUCUUGGAGAGAACUUUGCCGACGUGUUUGGAAUUCAGAUGGCUUAUCUUGCCUACAAACGAGACGUCGCCAUUAAUGGUGGCGGGCAACAUCUUCAAGGCACAAUUUUGGAGAAACUGAGUGACGAUAAGAUCUUUUUCAUCAAUCUUGCCCAAGCGUUCUCCAUAUUUGGUGGUUGGCGUGGGUACGAUUCCUAUGGCGAUCCGCACUCGCCCGGGCCAGCUCGUGUUUGGGGAGCGUUGGCUGGGUUGAAAGCUUUUUCGAACGCUUUCAACUGCCCGACGGGAAGCAAAUAUCGGCAGGAGGGAUGUGUUUUGUAUAAUGACAAAAUUGAGCCGGACUUUAAUCUGACAUAUGUUGGUCAAUAA